UUGCCUCACUUUGCUGUUUUGACUCUGGUAUCAGUUGACCUCGCUGUCAAGUUACAGAUUUAAUUGCACACAUUAGAUACACGACAUGUUAGUUUUUUCACACAGUUGUUGUUUUUGUUUGCACGGAGAAUAGUCCCGUGAGCUCACAGACAUGUCCACGUGGCGCAGGCUGCAGGUAAAGGCGCGGACAGCUCGUGGAUUCCUCACCUCAGGACUGGUGACAGAGAGGCACACAUGGCUGUACGGACACACACCUUUAUGUCAAACCUUCAGUACAGGCACACCUCUGCGGAAUGACUUCUUUAAAGAUCUGGAGGCCCAGCUGGCAGCCAUGAGGAAGAAGGCGGCAGACGCUCUGCCGGGGAGCAGCUGGACCCCCUUCGAUAUCAACCCGAACCUCCCGCCGGAGAGGGCCGACAUCGUGAUAGUAGGAGGGGGUGUGAUGGGCUGGUCCAUCGCCUACUGGCUGAAGCAGAAGGAGAUGAUGCGAGGAGGAGUACGAGUUGUAGUGGUGGAGAAGGAUCCAACGUACUCACGGGCGUCCACGGUUCUUUCAGCCGGGGGAAUCAGACAACAGUUCUCCUUACCCGAGAACAUCCACCUUUCUCUGGCCUCUGCACACUUCAUGAGGAACAUCAAUGAACACCUCGGUGUGUUGAAUGAAGACCCGGUUGACCUGCAGUUCAACCAUUCAGGAUACCUCUUCCUGGCCAGCGAGGACGUGGCUCACAUCAUGGAGGAGAACUACAACACCCAGAGGGACGCUGGAGCCAAAGUUAGACUUCUGUCUCCAACACAGCUGAAGGAGAAAUUCCCGUGGAUCAAUACAGACAGUGUGGCGCUCGCUUCAUACGGGUUGGAGAACGAGGGCUCGUUCGACCCGUGGACUCUGCUUAACGCCUUCAGGAGGAAGGCCAUGUCUCUGGGAGUCAUUCAGUGCUGCGGAGAAGUUACAGGAAUGGACUUUAGAUCACACGUGAUGACGACCACUGAAGGUGAACGAUUAGAGCUGAGGAGAAUUGGAUCUGUCAAAGUGCAGAUGCCGAACAGUCUGGAGUACCAGCCGGUGGAGUGUGCCAUUGUUGUGAAUGCAGCAGGAGCCUUUUCUGGUAAACUGGCAGAGAUGGUGGGAAUCGGCCUCGGCACCAAAGACACCAUCGCUGGAAUCCCACUGCCCGUCGAGCCUCGUAAAAGGUAUGUGUAUGUGGUCCACUGUCCUGACGGUCCGGGUCUCGACACUCCUUUCCUGAUCGAUUACUCUGGCGUUUACUUCAGGAGAGAGGGGUUAGGUGGGAACUACAUCGCUGGAGCUUCACCUGAGGAGUCAGAAGAGCCGGACACCAGUGACCUGGAGGUGGAUCACAAGUUCUUUGAGGAAAAAGUUUGGCCCAGUUUGGCUCUUCGUGUUCCUGCAUUUGAGAAACUAAAGGUGACCAGCGCGUGGGCCGGUUUCUAUGACUACAACUCCUUCGACCAGAAUGGCAUCAUCGGCAUGCACCCGCUCGUCAACAACAUGUUUUUCGCCACCGGUUUCAGUGGACACGGCCUGCAGCACUCCCCCGCGGUAGGGCGUGCCGUGGCAGAGCUGAUCUUGGAUGGGAACUUCAAAACUUUGGACUUAAGCGGACUCGGCUUCAGACGAAUCAUGACCCAGGAGCCGAUGCUGGAGAGGAACAUCGUGUAGAGGAGCUCGGACAUUUCACACAUUUGAUCCUGAGACAGAUUUAUACCAAGUCCAGAUUACCAGUGUUCUAACAGAGAUGAUGCAGUACUUACUCUGUCCACAGGGGGCACCAAAAUCCAGAUGAACCUCAAGAUCCUGACAUUUAAUUUAGUUGAAUAUUUUAUGUUUGGUAUGAGCAGUUAAGUUAUUAUUAUUGUUCCUUUUUUUAACAACCUUGUUUUAAGAUUUGAUUCAGUCUUUCCUUUCAAACAAACCAACAGAACUGAACACGUUUACCCCAAAAUGACAUCUUUUAAAUCAUCCAUUAACUCUUUCUGAGAGGGAGAAUCCCCUCUCUGCAUCCGUUACAACUGUUUUUGUAUCAUCUAUCCCGGGCUCAAUCCUAACAGAAAUAUGUAAAGGUGCACUCUGAUUACCUGUCUUACCUUGGCGUCCUCAGUAGCGACAUCAUUGUAGAGGAUAAGAGACUGAAGAGGACUUUGAGAAAAAAGAGAGGAUGAGUGGAUGAGUGUUUAACAAUCAGCUGGUCUUCUUGAUUUGUGAUGAUCUUAAAUCAAACACCUGACAACUCAUCCUGAGGUCUUGAGCUGCCUUUAGAGGAUGGCUUAGUGAAGGAGGAGCUUCCUGAAGGAGGGAAAUGUUGAUACAAACUGGAAAAAGAAGCAGCAUCUAUUCUGACAACCCUUUUCUGAAAACGUGUGGGUGAUACAGUUUGUAUACAAACAUUAAUGAUUGUCUCAUGGAGCAUGAUGUCUGUGUUAAUCUAAACAAUUCAUAUUUGAUCAGUAAUGAAUAUUUUUAAAGAAGAGUGUGACUGUG